CGAGGCCGCGCGGUUGGCGCGAAAGUCGGUUCCAGUACUCGGCAAUUUCCGGGGUCGCUAGCGUUUGCUUUGGGCUAAGGGCGGCGCCGAGUCGGGGGAGGGGGCUGUGCGCCGGGCUGGCGCCCGACCCCAGUCACCGUUCUGCGGGCAGCGAGUCCCCCGACUCGCCGCCCGGAGACCCCCAGGCUCCAACGAGUUCAGAAAUGUCCAGAAAUGACAAAGAACCGUUUUUUGUGAAGUUUUUAAAGUCUUCAGACAAUUCCAAAUGUUUUUUUAAAGCUCUCGAGUCAAUAAAAGAAUUCCAGUCAGAAGAAUAUCUUCAGAUUAUUACAGAAGAAGAGGCAUUGAAAAUAAAGGAGAAUGAUAGAUCACUUUAUAUCUGUGACCCUUUUAGUGGCAUUGUCUUUAAUCACCUCAAAAAGCUUGGCUGCAGAAUUGUUGGUCCUCAAGUAGUCAUAUUUUGUAUGCACCACCAGCGAUGUGUCCCAAGAGCCGAACAUCCAGUUUAUAAUAUGGUUAUGUCUGAUGUAACAAUAUCUUGUACAAGUCUGGAAAAAGAAAAAAGGGAAGAAGUUCAUAGAUAUGUACAAAUGAUGGGCGGACGAGUAUACAGAGACCUUAACAUAUCAGUUACUCACCUUAUUGCAGGAGAAGUUGGUAGCAAAAAAUAUUUAGUUGCUGCAAACCUGAAGAAACCUAUUUUGCUUCCCUCCUGGAUAAAAACACUUUGGGAGAAGUCACAAGAGAAAAAAAUAACUAGAUAUACUGAUAUAAACAUGGAAGAUUUCAAGUGUCCUGUUUUUCUUGGUUGCAUAAUCUGUGUGACUGGUUUAAGUGGCUUAGACCGGAAGGAAGUUCAGCAACUCACAGUUAAGCAUGGAGGUCAAUACAUGGGACAAUUGAAAAUGAAUGAAUGUACACACCUCAUUGUGCAAGAACCAAAAGGUCAGAAAUAUGAAUGUGCCAAGAGAUGGAAUGUACACUGUGUGACCACGCAGUGGUUUUUUGACAGUGUUGAAAAAGGUUUUUGUCAGGAUGAAUCCAUGUACAAGACAGAACCUAUACCAGAAGUAAAGACUAUGCCCAAUUCUUCAACUCCUACUGGCCAGAUCAACACAAUUGAUAGUCGUACUCUUUCAGAUGUCAGCAAUAUUUCCAACAUAAAUGCAAGUUGCAUAAGUGAAUCGCUAUGUAAUUCACUUAACAGCAAACUGGAGGCUACCCUUGAAAAUCUGGAAAAUCUGGAUGUCAGUGCAUUUCAAGCACCUGAAGAUUUAUUAGAUGGCUGUCGGAUAUAUCUUUGCGGUUUUAGUGGCAGAAAGCUAGAUAAACUGAGACGACUUAUUAACAGUGGAGGUGGAGUUCGUUUUAACCAGCUUAAUGAAGAUGUAACUCAUGUUAUUGUGGGAGAUUAUGAUGAUGAAUUGAAGCAGUUUUGGAAUAAAUCGGCCCACAGGCCUCAUGUAGUGGGAGCAAAGUGGUUGCUAGAGUGUUUCAGUAAAGGUUAUAUGCUUUCUGAAGAACCGUAUAUCCAUGCUAAUUACCAGCCAGUGGAAAUUCCAGUUUCAGAUCCGCCUGAAAGUAAAGCAGCUGUUUUAAAAAAGAAGAACAGCAGCUUCUCUAAGAAAGACUUUACUCCUAGUGAAAAGCAUGAGCAAGCUGAUGAAGAUCUGCUCUCUCAAUAUGAAAAUGAUAGCUCUACAGUAGUUGAGGAUAAGAAGUCUGAAGCUGAGAAGUCUGAAGUUAGGCCCUUUAAUGAUUCUACUCAUGUCGAGCCCUUGAAUGAUUCUACUCAUAUUUUGCAAGAAGAAAACCAGUCUUCUGUCAGUCAUUGCUUCCCUGAUGAUUCUACAGUUACUGCAGAAGGCUUAUUUAGCCAAAAGAGUUUCCUUGUUUUGGGUUUUAGUACUGAAAAUGAAUCUAACAUUGCAAACAUCAUAAAAGAAAAUGCUGGGAAAAUCGUGUCCCUUCCAAGCAGAACUAUUGCUGAUUAUGCUGUGGUUCCUCUGCUGGGGUGUAAGGUAGAAGCCACCGUGGGAGAAGUUGUUACAAAUACAUGGCUGGUUACUUGCAUAGACUAUCAGACUUUGUUUGAUCCAGAGUCGAAUCCUCUCUUCACACCAGUCCCAGUAAUGACAGGAAUGACUCCUUUAGAGGAUUGUGUUAUAUCAUUUAGCCAGUGUGCUGGAGCAGAAAAAGAGUCUUUAACAUUCCUAGCAAACCUCCUUGGAGCAAGUGUUCAAGAAUACUUUGUUCGCAAGUCCAACGCAAAGAAAGGCAUGCUUGCCAGUACUCACCUGAUAUUAAAAGAACCUGAUGGCUCUAAAUAUGAAGCUGCAAAAAAGUGGAAUUUACCUGCAGUUACUAUAGCUUGGCUGUUGGAGACUGCUAGAACGGGAAAGAGAGCAGAUGAAAGCCAUUUUCUGAUUGAAAAUUCAUCUAAAGAAGAACGAACUUUGGAAAUGGAAGUAACAAAUGGAAUCAAUCUAAAUCCAGAUACUGCAGAGCAUCCUGGCACACACUUGCAGACUCACAGAAAAACUGUCGUUACACCUUUAGAUAUGAACCGCUUUCAGAGUAAAGCUUUCUGCGCUGUGGUCUCACAACAUGCCAGACAGGUUUCAGCCUCCCCAGCAGUAGGACAACCACUUCAGAAGGAGCCCUCAUUACACCUGGAUACACCAUCAAAAUUUCUCUCCAAGGACAAACUCUUCAAGCCUUCCUUUGAUGUGAAGGAUGCACUUGCAGCCUUGCAAACUCCAGGACAUCCUAACCAACAGAAAAGGAAACUGAGUACACCACUCUCAGAAGUCAUUGGCAGAAAUUUGAAACUUGCUUUGGCAAAUAGCUCUCGAGAUGCUGUCGCUCUUUCUGCCAGCCCCCAACUGAAAGAUGCCCAGUCAGAGAAGGAAGAAGCUCCAAAGCCACUUCACAAAGUAGUGGUAUGUGUUAGUAAAAAACUCAGCAAGAAGCAGAGUGAACUAAAUGGGAUUGCAGCCUCUCUAGGAGCAGAUUACAGGUGGAGUUUUGAUGAAACAGUGACUCAUUUCAUCUAUCAAGGGCGGCCAAAUGACACAAAUCGGGAGUAUAAAUCUGUAAAAGAAAGAGGAGUACACAUUGUUUCAGAGCACUGGCUUUUAGAUUGUGCCCAAGAGAAUAAACAUCUUCCUGAAUCUCUUUAUCCUCAUACUUAUAAUCCCAAAAUGAGCUUGGAUAUCAGUGCAGUGCAAGAUGGCCGACUCUGUAAUAGUCGACUACUCUCAGCUGUGUCUACAACAAAGGAUGAUGAGCCAGAUCAUUUGAUUUUAGAAGAAAAUGACAUAGACAAUAUGGCCACCAGUAAUAAAGAAUCAGCACCAUCAAAUGAAAAUGGAAGGAAUGACUCUAAAGGAGUUCUGACACAGACCUUAGAGAUGAGAGAGAACUUUCAGAAGCAGUUACAAGAGAUAAUGUCUGCAACGUCAAUAGUGAAACACCAAGGGCAGAGGACUUCCCUUUCAAGAAGUGGCUGUAACAGUGCAUCUUCAACCCCUGACAGCACUCGCUCUGCUCGCAGUGGACGCAGUAGAGUCCUAGAGGCACUGAGGCAGUCUCGUCAAACAGUACCUGAUGUCAACACAGAGCCCUCCCAAAAUGAACAGAUCAUUUGGGAUGACCCUACAGCAAGGGAGGAGAGAGCAAGGCUCGCCAGCAAUUUGCAGUGGCCUAGUUGUCCCACACAAUACUCUGAGCUUCAGAUUGAAAUUCAAAACUUGGAGGAUCCUCCUUUUCAAAAGCCUUUACAUGAUUCAGAAAUUGCUAAACAGGCUCUCUGUGAUCCUGGAAACAUACGUGUGACGGAAGCCCCCAAACACCUGAUCACUGAAGAACUGGAAACUCCCAUAAAAGACAGCCACCUGAUUCCUACACCUCAAGCCCCCAGUAUUGCCUUUCCACUCGCCAACCCCCCUGUGGCUCCACACCCUAGAGAAAAGAUUAUAACAAUAGAGGAGACUCAUGAAGAAUUGAAAAAACAGUACAUAUUUCAGUUAUCAUCUCUGAAUCCUCAAGAACGUAUUGACUAUUGUCAUCUGAUUGAAAAACUAGGUGGAUUGGUGAUAGAAAAGCAGUGCUUUGAUCCCAGCUGUACACACAUUGUUGUGGGACAUCCACUUCGAAAUGAGAAGUAUUUAGGCUCUGUGGCAGCUGGGAAGUGGGUGCUUCAUCGCUCCUACCUUGAAGCAUGCAGGACUGCUGGACACUUCGUGCAGGAAGAAGACUAUGAAUGGGGAAGUAGUUCCAUACUUGAUGUUUUGACUGGAAUCAAUGUACAGCAACGAAGACUAGCACUUGCAGCAAUGAGAUGGAGAAAAAAAAUCCAGCAAAGACAAGAAUCUGGCAUUGUUGAGGGAGCAUUUAGUGGGUGGAAGGUUAUUUUACAUGUGGAUCAGUCUCGAGAAGCAGGCUUCAAACGCCUUCUUCAGUCAGGAGGAGCAAAGGUGCUACCUGGUCAUUCUGUAUCUUUAUUUAAAGAGGCCACACAUCUUUUUUCCGACUUGAAUAAACUGAAACCAGAUGACUCGGGAAUUAAUAUAGCAGAAGCUGCUGCCCAGAAUGUGUACUGCUUGAGAACAGAAUACAUUGCUGACUAUCUUAUGCAGGAAUCACCUCCUCAUGUAGAAAAUUACUGUCUACCAGAAGCUAUUUCAUUUCUUCAGAAUAAUAAGGAACUUGGGCCUGGAUUAUCACAAAAGAGGAAAGCGUCUACAGAAAAAAAUAAAAUCAAAAGACUGAGAGUACACUAAUCACAUCUACUCUUCAGUUACCUAACAUUGGUGUGGGGUGGGGGGGGGAACAGUUACCAAACAUUAAAUGAUUUUAAAAGUUGAAAGCCUGAAUGUGACUGUGAUGGAUUUGGGUAGUUAUUUAAAGAUGAGUACCUGAAGAAUUUUGCUUCAGAGUAUAAUGAUGACCCUUCCUGAGUUUUGAACACCUGAAAUUUUAAUCACUGAAAUACUAACUGUUUCUUAAUAAAAAGUUACCCGAAAUAACAAAAUACAACUCCUCAGCUAGCUUGCUGUUAAACCACAUUGAAGUAUGUUAAAAGAUGUUUAUUUUUCUUGUAAAUAUCUGAAGCUGUAGCUUAGUGGAAAUUUUAGUAAGGUGAUGGAUUUUGCUUUAAAAUGUCUGCCUUAAUUCAUAACAAGAUUUGUCAAUCAGGAUUUAUUCAUGUUUUCCCUGAUUUUUAUCUUCUCACCAUUUUACCUCUUAACAGGAGCCUGAGCACACAGUUUAAUGAGGAAGCUGGGGCUAUAAAUAUGUGUAUAUAUGUAUAUGUAUGUUUGUACAAAUCUACAUGAUGUUUGCCAAGUUUGGGUGUCAAAACUUGGAAAAUGUGAUAAUAAAGAAUAAAAGUAGUGACUCAAAUUAGUAUUAAGAUGUGUUUACAUAGAUAAAUUUUUUUAAAAAG